AAAUACCACCACUCCCAAACACGCCCUCCCCAUCUCUCUCUCUCUCUCUCUCUCUCUCUCUCGCUAGAAGCAAGCAGUAGUGGUAGAUCUUGUUUAGCAGCGCAAAUCUAGGGAAUUUUUAUCUCAGAAAAACGUACUGAAAUACGAAAUCUGAAAUCUGAUCCUCUGUAAUCGUUAACCUGGAUUUGUUCUGCUAUCUUCUCCUUCAACCUAGUGGAAUUUUGGGACCAUUUACUAUUGACUUGGUAUUGAAGAAGUAAAAUCAAGAUGCCGUGGACGUCUUCUUUUGUGAAUUACAGCAGGAACUGUGUUCGAUUAGUGGUGUUCUUCCGCGUCAUACUGUAGUUUCAUUCAUUUUGGUGAAACUCUUUGGUUUUUGAAGUUCUUUUAUUUGGGGAUCUUAAAAGGUGGUUGCAGGAGUGAGAAUGAACAUUGGGGUAACCUUUAAGAGAUAUCGAGCUAUUAAGGAAGUUGGGAAGAUUAUAAUGAGUGUUGGGGUUAUUGCCUACUACCAACUGAUGCAAGUUUGUCAGGCUGAAUACUUCCGUCAGUUGCUUAAACCUGUUACGUAGUAUAGUUUCACAAACCCUCUGGACUCUGGGAUUUGGGAUAAACUGGACCUCCGGCUGUAUUCAUACGUAAGAAGGCAGUUGUAUUGAUUCUGGUUGCUUUUGAUUGAGAAUAGGCAGCUCUCCUGUACCAGAAUGGCGAUAACUUGAUUUUCAUAACAGUCCUUGUAGUAUUUUGCAAACGUUCAUCCAGUCAAAAGUCAAAGAAUCUUAGACUUUAGGUGAAUCUCUGUCUAUUCAGCUUUAACUACUUAGGAUUUCUGAUGCAGAGGGACCAACAGUUUGACCCCAACAAGGCAGCUCCCCCCUUUGCAAAUCAAGUGGGUAAUAAUUACAUGCAUAUUCCAGUUGCAUCUGCGCGUGGGGCAGUUUUACCUCAUGAGGCAAAGCACAUCAAACCUUUCCAUGGUGUUGAAUUUCAAACCUCUGACAUUUGCCCGAAGAAUUUCAUUAUCUUCGACCAGACUGAUCAUCGAAGUCAGAUAAUGUUCAAUCCUGCAAUUGCCCACAAAAUUACUGGUCCUGCCUUUAACAUCUGUGCAGCUUACAUCCAAGACAAUCUGGGAUUGAACGAGGGAAAUAAUGAGGAUAGAGAAACAUCCUCUUCUCUGAAGGAGGACUCAGAUGAUAUUGAUGCAUUGUUGAGCUUGGAAGAGGAAGAGCUGGAAGAAUAUGACGAGGAAGAGGUCAGUACAGCACGAACUCAUGGAAAUUAUGGGAGCAUGUCCCCUGAUUCUUGCUCCAAUUAUGGUUUGAAAACCAAGAAGAAUAGGCAAUGCUCUUCACUUGGAAAAUCUUCUGGCAUUGGUAGCAGCAGCUGCAACAGUGAAAGGAAGCGACAGAAAAUGAAGAAGAUGGUGAGGGUGCUGAGAGGGAUUGUACCUGGUGGGAAUGAAAUGAACACUGUCGAUGUUCUAGAUGAAGCUGUGCAAUACUUGAAGUCUCUCAAGGUUGAACUGCAGAACCUUGGAGUUGAGAAUUUGAAUGACUAAGCUUGAUCUUGAGCCAUGGUGCCAAUAGCUAUCCCUGAUAUUUGGUACUCAUAUUGGACCACUAAAUGUAAUGGAUGUGGUGUCUCUCUGAAUAUGAUUAUGGAGCUGUCUGGUGUGGCUCCUUAAGUUGUAUUCUAAUCUCCUCCUUGAUUUGUAGUAUGACUACUCAGUUUCUUGUUUUCAGUUAAUUUUGUAUGGCAAGUUGCAGCUAUCGACUGCUAUACAACUAUGUGACUUUUUUCUCCAGCCUCGGGUUGGUUAAUAAAUCAAUUUCCUUAUGUUAGCUAUA